AAGAAAAAAACGUAGGGAAUGAAACCAAAGAAGAAAUCGAAGAAAUACCUGUUACCAAAACACGUAGAUAUUGGGUUAUAUUCGUAUGGUUAGUUACUUGGUGGAUUCCUUCAUUCUUAUUAAGCUGGAUUGGAAAAAUGAAACGUCCUGAUAUACGAAUGGCUUGGCGUGAAAAAUUCACACUUUGCUUUAUAAUAUUCAUGCUCUCAGCCUUCGUCAUCUUCUACAUUAUUUUCUUUGGUAAUCUAAUUUGCCCUGGUACUGACAAAAUAUAUAGUGCAGAUGAAGUUGCUUUUCAUAAAGGUGAUGAUGAUUUUUGGGUCAGCGUUAGGGGUGUUGUAUAUGAUCUCAGCAGAUUUCAUAUGAGAGAUCACACCGGGGGCAGUAGCCAAGCUGCUGGUCCGGCAGCCAUGGAAAUGUAUGCUGGUUUGGAUGUUACACCAUCAUUUCCAAUUCCCUUAGCCUCACCAGAAACAUGUGGUGAUAUGGUUACUAAUGAUCAAACCACUAUUGCACAUAAAAAUCUUUCGGAUCCGAUUUCUGGCUCUAUGUUUGUCCACACUUCAGGUGCACUAGCGCUUCCUAACACAAAACUCACAAACACGAAUUGGUAUUUUGAUAAUUUUCUUACCACAAUGCGAUUGAUGGUGAAAGCCGAUCUUGUCUGGGAUCAAAAACAAUUCCAGCGUCUGGUUUCAAUGGGCCGUACUGUAGUUACCGUUAAAAAUAAACUUUAUGACUUCACCGAUUAUUUUGCUCUACAAACAGAACGACAACAACCUCAAAAACUUGAUCCUAGCACACAACCUGUAGGAUUUAUCGAUUGGCAUUGGUUAGAGAAACAAGGAGAAGAUCUCGAAAAGUUAAUCCAGAAUAUGAAUGGAAAAGAUAUUACAAACUAUUUAAAUGCACUUGAUAAAACUAGAUUGAAUUCAUUAAUGAAUUGUUUGGAUAAGGUCUUUUAUAUCGGUAAAAACGAUUUCCGAAAAACUUUCCGAUGUCAAUUCAAUAAUUAUGUUUUGCUUGUUGCUGCUUGCGUAAUGUGUUCGGUUAUCGUCGUAAAAUUCUUGGCUGCUUUACAGUUGGGAGCAAGACGUAAGCCUGAAGAUCAUGAUAAAUUUGUUAUCUGUCAGGUACCCUGUUACACCGAAGGAGAGGAUUCACUUAAGCGUACGAUGGACUCAUUAGCCGCUUUAACAUAUGAUGAUAAAAGGAAAUUACUUUUCUUUAUUGCUGAUGGUAUGAUUGUUGGUUCUGGUAACGAUAGACCAACACCAAGAAUUGUUUUAGAUAUUCUUGGUGUUGAUCCUAAAAUGGAUCCAGAACCCUUAGCAUUUAAGUCCAUUGGUGAAGCAUCUCAACAAUUGAAUUAUGGAAAAGUUUAUUCUGGUCUUUACGAAUACGAAGGACAUGUUGUACCUUAUAUAGUAGUCGUCAAAGUUGGAAAACCAACAGAAAAAAACAGACCUGGCAAUCGUGGAAAACGUGACUCCCAAAUCAUACUUAUGAGAUUUUUGAAUAGAGUUCAUUUUGAACUUGAAAUGUCACCGCUUGAAUUGGAGAUUUAUCAUCAGAUGAAAAAUGUAAUAGGAGUAAAUCCAAGCUUUUAUGAAUAUGUUCUUAUGGUUGAUGCUGAUACUGAGGUUAUGCCAGAUUCGUUAAAUCGUAUGAUUUCUUGUAUGCUUCACGAUGGUCGUAUAAUCGGUAUUUGUGGUGAAACAACCUUGGUUAACGAAGAAGGCUCAUGGACAACUAUGAUUCAAGUUUACGAAUAUUAUAUUUCUCACCAUCUUGCUAAAGCAUUUGAAUCGCUUUUUGGAUCUGUUACUUGUUUACCUGGUUGUUUCUGCAUGUAUCGCAUUCGCACUCCUGUAAAGAAUACUCCAUUGAUCAUAUCUAGUACUGUAAUCGAUGAAUAUUCAGAGAAUCAUGUGGAUACUUUACAUAAGAAGAAUUUGUUGUCACUUGGUGAAGAUCGUUAUCUUACCACAUUAAUGAUGAAACAUUUCCCUCAAUAUAAGAUGACAUUUACACCAGAUGCUAUGUGUAAAACUGCUGCACCUGAUAGAUGGUCUGUUUUACUUUCACAACGACGUCGUUGGAUUAAUUCCACUAUUCAUAAUCUUAUGGAACUUAUGUUCUUACCGGAAAUGUGUGGUUUUUGCUGUUUUUCAAUGAGAUUUGUGGUCUUUAUUGAUCUUUUCGGUACACUUAUUCUUCCAUCCACCACAAUAUAUAUUGGUUAUCUUAUCUAUGCUGUUGUUACCAAACGCCAAGAUUUACCAAAGAUUGCUCUGAUUAUGUUGGCAGCAGUUUAUGGUUUACAAGCGAUUAUUUUCAUUCUUAAACGGCAAUGGCAACAUAUUGGUUGGAUGAUAAUCUACUUACUAGCAUUCCCUCUGUUUUCAUUCUUUAUUCCGAUUUAUGCAUUUUGGCAUUUUGAUGAUUUCAGUUGGGGUAAUACUCGUAUGGUGGUUGGUGAAAAAGGCAAAAAACAAAUCAUAACGACCAAUGAAGAAAAAUUCGAUGAAAGUAUGGUACCGAAGAAGAAAUGGGCAGAUUAUGAACAAGAGAUGUGGGAAGUGGGAACUACCGAAUCGCAUGAUUCAAGGCAUAGUGCAACUUCAUAUAGAAGCCAUGGUAGUCAUAGAAAUUAUGAAACUGGUAGUCAAUACGGCGGUAGCAAUCAUGAUGGAGACUAUUAUCGUGACACUCAUUUAACGGCGCCUGCAGAUCGACGUGGUAGAUCAAGAUCACCUGUGCCAAGAAAUGCACCAUCCGAUAGUCGAAACUCAAGGUCUUUCAGCGCAAUAGGAGAUCAUGAUUAUAGAAACUCGAUUAUAUCAGUACCAAGAAGUAAUUCAGAAAUGGAAAUUUAUCCACCACAAGGACCUAUAGGCUCACACGCAGGUUCAUAUGCCAAUGAUGGGCCGACAGAUGAAGAAAUUUUAGUGGAAAUUCGAAAUAUUUUACAAACUGCCAAUUUAAUGAAUAUUACAAAGAAACAAGUUCGAGAACAACUCUCAAUAGUUUUUGGUAUGGACAUGUCAUAUCGAAAAGAGUUUAUUAACAAUAGUAUAGAAUUGAUUUUGCAGGGCAAACUCUAA